AUGUUCACAGAGAAAGCAUACAGAUUCUGUGGGCCCGACGGACUCUGGGAGAGCAGACAGAGAGGGCACUUCACCAAUGGCACGGGCUUCACCCAGUUCAUGAACUGUUACUCCAGAGAGGCUUGGGAAUACUACGUCCGUUAUAUCAGCAACAAAACCUCUCAGGAGAAAGAGAUGAUGAGGGAGAUGAUCGCCACCUCCCGGACACUAGAAAUUGUUGGCCUCUGCAUCUCCUUGGUUACCACAGUUGUCUCCCUGGUGAUAUUCUGUUAUUUCAGAAGUCUCAGGUGUCACCGGACGAGGAUCCACAAGAACUUGUUCGUGGCCAUGAUUGUGCAGAUCGCCAUGCGGAUCAUCAUGUACGUGGACCAGCUGGUCGCCAAGGAGACGGGACAAGUGCACGGGGCCUCCAGUGGCGACAGCAACACCAUCUACGACACGCCUGUAGUGUGUGAGGUGCUCUACUCUCUGCUGGAGUACACUAAAACCGUCAAGUUCAUGUGGAUGUUCAUAGAAGGUGUCUACUUGCACAAGAUGAUCGCAGUGUCCGUGUUUUCUGGCAAACCUAACUACGUCAUCUUCUACAUUAUGGGCUGGGAUAUCGGUAUCAUAAGUACUACACUAUCUCUGGCAGUUACAAUAGACGACACAUGUCGAUGUCGGUAUUAUGAGUACUACACUAUCUCUGGCAGUUACAAUAGACGACACAUGUCG